AUGGGUUCCACCUACGACAUCUUCGGCUUCAUGGACCUCCCUUUCAUCGUCAAUUCCUCCCUCAACCCUCUUACAGACUGCUCCAUCACCGCCCCCACAAGCCUCCACCUUCCACCCUCCACUUCUUCUUCAUUCAACCAUGCCCUUCUAUCUCAUCAAGGCCUGCCACAGUCUUCACAGCCACCUCUGGUGGCGGGGCCGCCGUCGAACACCUUCAUCUCCUCGCCGGUAGCCCCAAGUCAUGGCCUUUCCUCCGGCGGCGACGUCAAAUUUUAUCAUCAUUUCCCUCCGCCAUGGGCUUCUCUGGGCCUUCCGAUGAGCCAACCCUUUGACGCCGCCGCCGCCGCUGUCGCCAAUCCCUCCACCAGGAAACGCGGUUGCAGAAAGCGGCCGAGGUCGUCGCGGAGGGCGCCGGUGACGGUGAUGGUGACCAACCGGUGCAAUUUCCGAGCUAUGGUGCAAGAGUUCACCGGCGUUCCUGCACCUCCUUUCUCGCCGCCGCCGCCACCGCCUCCGCCCGCCACCCGUUACGGAGUUUUCCAUGCCGUACCGGCCUCAUCUGGGUGGUUGUCCGGCGACUUCGAUAAGCACUUUCCCACGCUGUCGAGUCUCCUCAUGCCAGAGAGGGCGGCGCAGCCAGGGAGCGGCGGCGUGGCCGCGUGGAGUGAUUCGAUCGUUCCCGGUGCAGAAGCCGGAGAGUCUGAUUCGACAAUCUUCUCCAGCGUCAUGAAUAUAUAG